AUCAUGGUCCCCGCCGCCACCCCACGCAUCAAUGGCCCAUACAAUCGCAAGCGUGCUGAAGCCCUCUAUACUCUAUUCAACACCCACGAAGCUACUGCCAAUCGCAUGAUGCUUGUCGACAAGGAGCUCGAGCAGUGGCUCACAAAGACACAACACGACGGCAGGAACCCAUGGAUCUACGCACCCCUUGCCCUACGCAAGGAAGUCGAGGCAUACGGACGUGGGUAUCCUACCGGACCGGCUAUGAAGCAGGAGAGUAACUAUAACGCCCUCGCGAUCCAAAACAAUUCUUCCAAGAGCUUGGUCACGAUUGACGAACUAGAUAGUAUCCUGAAGGAAUUCGACGGCGCAGAGCAUGGAGAGAAAAUCUGCUAUUGUCAGCGCGCGAGUGUGAAACAGGAGGGCAUGAACGAGGUUGUGGAUUGUGGGUACAAGGACUGCAAGAUUGGAAAGUUCCAUCGGAAGUGUGUGAGUGAGUGGUUUCCGGAGAAGUUUACGAGGUGGUAUUGUGCGGCGUGCUUGGAGGAGAUGGAGGUGGUGGUGGAUAGGCUGAUGGAGGAGCUUGAUGGUAAGUAUUAUUGAGGAGGCGAAGGGUGAGGGCUGGAAGACUGGCCGACCGAGGCGAGAUAAGGAUGCUAUGGUGCGAGAGGAUUUCAGGAUUUUGGUGCAGAUGCGGAAAGAUUGGGCGGUUCAGUGAGAUGUAAGCCCGGAGUGGAG